AUGUCAGUAUGUUUGAUUUUUACUCUCAAACACACCUUCGCUAAUGAUAGUACUAUUAUUUGUUUUUGCAGUCUGCUUUUUUAUGCGAACGGUGGAAAAGGAACUGGUCAUGAACAUACUGGUUAUAUACAGAGACAUAUUAGAAACCUAGCUAACAAAGUACCCACUGAACUCAAAAAGUACAGACGACGUAUGAUUUCGCUGGUAGAUGAUCCUGAAAUGAUUGGUGUGGCUAAAAAAUGUGCCAAAAAAGAAGCAACUACAGCCAACUUCAUUUUAAUUCGAGACAGCAUGCUCCAAUGUGUUAAACUUCAUACAACAUUAGUUGCUCGGAAGGGAAGUGCAAAAGAGAUUAUGACUACGUUUCCACAUUUUCGAUCGUAUAAUGGAAAAUUGAUAAGUGUUCAUUUUCAUUCUGUGAAAUCAAUACGAAAUUAUGGUCUACGCGGAUGUCUUCGUAUAAUGCUUAAGCUUAACAACAGAGGUAUCAAACGAAGUUCAGAAGGAGGAUCGAUUGAAGAGGAUCCUGCUUCACCACUAAUUAGAUGGAUACCGGAUACUGAUGAGGCAUUUAACGAACAAAUAACGAAAUACGCGGCGUCCUAUACUGUUAAUGGAUGUUACCCUCCUGCGCAUAUUCUAUGCCAUGCAGAAAAAUUCAAAUCUGGGACAUCGUACAUAUAUAUAGACGGUGAAUUGAUCAGAUGUAGGGACAACAUGAUCACAUGUAUCGAUGUUCUUGUAAAAGCAUUCGUUGUAUUCCAUGUGAAACCGCCAGCUCAGUUAUAUAAAUUAAUUGAUUUCCUUUAUAUCACUGGGUACAAAAUAAUGACAGUAAUGACUAAUAAUGACUUUGCAGUUCAAUUUUAG